GUGACUUCCUGACACUAUCUCCCGUUGCCCGCGCUGAGGUUCCUGCCCGCCAAUUCAAGAUUUUGCAGUGCGAGACAGCGACUGCGAUUGCCCGACUGCCCGCGCCCCUCCUUCAAGGCUGCAGUGGCCUGCGCGCGCGCUGGUUGAGGUGUGGUCGACCCCCUUGUCCGUCUCGUCGCAAUCGCAGUCGCAUGGAGUCAUCGUCGUCGGUCGUCCGACAAUCCUUGAAGCACUGCACCGCAAAAACUCGGCGCACCUCAUUGGAUCUCCAAUCGAAUAUCCUUCGACCUCACUUCCCAGACAACCGCAACGCCACAAACCACACCCCCCAGUGCCAUGUCAAAACAUAGACUCGGGAAUGGCACCAGCACAAUACCACCACUACCACCACUGCCGCUAUCUCUACGCCCUCUAGUAUCUUUGCCGACGCAUAUUACUUCUUCGACAACGACAACUGAGACUAGCCGCCACUAUUCCUGUCAUUGGCGCCAGAGACAUCAAGGACAGCCAUCAGAGACAUCAGGGACACCCUGCCACACCGAACCAUCCUCGACACCGCACUCGUCGCCGGAGCCGUUGUCGUUUCCGUCACCAUCUACAACACCACUCGUCGCCCGCCCAUGCCACACCACCAAUCCUUAGUUCAGCGCACUGCUUCUCUCACCUUGCCGCUAGACUUCUCGUGCUGCAAUUCAAGCCGUUAACGGUCCGCUCACGGUCGACCACAAAGUGGACACGGGAGUGCCACGCGCAAUAGUUUGUUACCAGGGCGGAAAUUGCGAAACCAGACGCGCUACAACACCAUACCGGUGUCGACACUGUAAUUGCUGGGACUAGGUUGAUUUUGGUUUGCAAAGUGCGAAUCCUCAAGGGGAACCGACAAGAGACGGACAGUUAGGAGCUUCGGAGCCGACACCAUACAUCUUGCCCUGGAAACUACCGACAUAACGCAUAUACCAACCCAAGUACUUCACACCCACGUACAGGCGCUUAUACGCCACCACGUUGGAGUCUGGAGGGCCCUGGACGCAGUUCUAGGUCAGCCCCGAUUCACGUCAAGGCCCAGUUUACCUUGGUCUGGCUACCACUUACACGCAUCUUCUAGUUCUCUCUCGGACCGUCAUUGAGAGGGCUGCUGUUAGACGGCGCCAAGUGCAUACAAGCAUAAAAGAACGGGUAGCUGCAGCGGGAUACAGUUGACUACCCUUGUCUUACCAUCGCCAUCGCAACUUCGGCUCCUCAACCUCCAAGGGAAUCACAACCGCCCCGUCAGAAAGAAGGGUGCUUUAUCCGCUGCCGCGUGACUGCCACCAGGAGGACGAGAGGGGAUUAGUGUGGGGAGGAGGAAGGAGACAGUCCUGCGAGACACUCCACCGUGUAUAGUCGACGAGGUACCUGGCCAACUCGCCCAGCCUGUUGCACAGAGAAACGCCUCUCUAGAGCCGGCUCAGAGCCCAUUGGCCGUUCUGCUGGAGCGGACAGCAAGUCCAGUGAGAAUACGAGACGACGUGCUGGUCAUUGUGUAUCAGGCCUCGUCAGCUGGAGGGCAGUCAUUUGUCGGCGAGUCCAUCGUCAACACGUCCCAGACUAUAUUGCGGAAGCCCACAGUCCCGGCACAGUAUCAAAGAGACAAGAGCCUUGGAUGCCAUAUCUGGUCUCGCACGCAUUGUGUUCCGUUAUCCCCCGCCUCGCCGCCGCCCACCACUGCCGCUCAUCACCAUCUUCACUACUACCCUGCUUAAUUGAGGCGCCGUUGAUUUUGCCACACGUACAUCGCCCACCGCCAAAUCAUCAGCUCGUCAGGCGCUCCAUCCUGGUAGACCAAGCGCCCCAGACUGCGCCAAUCACCCUCUUCAGAAAAGGUGCCACCACCGUGGGAUUGCUGCAGGAGAGCUUUGGGUCUCUUGAAGCUUGUUCCCUCUCUCUGACCCCCAUAUCGGACCUGAUACGUCUCUGCUAGCCUGGUCCCUACCUGCUUCAGAGCUCCCGCGUCCUUGCCUGCCAGAUUGCCUGCCUCUCUGCCUGCCCUGUCUCGUCUCGCAAUCUAGUUGGCUGCUUUGGGCGUCUCCUGGCACAUUCUGCACUACCCUGCCACCACUCUCUGUCUUGACUCCAAGACCCUGUCUGUAUAUAUAGAGCUAAGGCACGAUGCCGGACGACGUUGGACCCGCCGAGGCAGAGGUCUCGGGUGCUGUGUCUGAGAGCGACAACGAGUACGACGAAACCGAGGUCACUACCAAGGACGACGACGACGAAAAGAUGGCCGAACGAUCCGUUGCUUCCGAAGGUGUCGAAACCAACGGUGACCAGAAGAAGAAGUAUGACCCCAAGGAUCCCUUGCGGCCCAGGAGGAAAAAAGCCCGGAGAGCCUGCUAUGCGUGUCAGAGAGCCCAUUUGACCUGCGGUGACGAACGACCAUGCCAACGGUGCAUCAAACGUGGAUUAGCUGAAGCUUGCCAGGACGGUGUCCGGAAGAAGGCAAAGUAUCUCCACGAUGCUCCCCCGGAAGCCUUACGCCCCGUACUUGGACCCAACUACAAUCCUGCUGCCGCUGUAUCUGUCCGGAAUGGCCAUCGGCAUCCUUCUAACGCUGGGUCGGAUGCUGGAUCUUCUAUUGGUACCUUCUACUCGCAGUCGACUCAGUAUCCAGUCUUCUCGUCUGCAGCAACACAAUUAGGAUCAAUACCGGAGAACUUGCCCUUCCCCCAGCAAUCUCCCGUAUCGCCAACUUUCCAGCCCUCUAGCAACCCUCAGCUCGGUUCUAUUGGGGUCAGUUCAGUUUCCAGCCCUAUGAAUAGCUUCCCUCCAGCGCUAUUUGACCCGAGUAAUCCUGCCAUUUUCAACUUCAAUUUGGAGGGACUCAACUUUGGAAGCCAGUACGGCGCCAUGGAGUUUGGUAUGCUGGGCCACAUGUCCUCGGGCGCUGCUGAGACUCCUCCGCGGGAUCCGUCCAUGGCACAGCAGGGCACUAGUGAUGUCGGAUUCAACCCCUCUGGAGUCUUUGGAAACGGUCUGAACCAGUUCGAAAAGGUUUAUGACAAUAACACCGGUUUGAUAAGCGACUUCCUGACUCUGGAUGCCCAUUCCAAUGGCUUGUACUCCCAAGGAAACCUCCAACAUGGUCUACCGCAUGCCUAUGCUAUCCCCGCUGGUCCCACUAGUCUGCAAAGCCCUAGUACCGAGAACAACAGUCCGCAACCGACAGGAUUUGGUUUUGAGUCUCCCACCGCCACCAACUACACGGGGGUUCCAGGUGCUGCAGGAAACCAGCCGGGCUCCCAGCAGCCACGGGCGCAGAAACCAAAGACGCCGGCCUUGGGGAAGCUCGGGCCACAGUCAGUUCUGGGUAAGAGGCAGCGAGAUCCAUCAUCUAUCUACGAGGCAGUCAAGGAACCAUUCCAAUAUGUGGCUAGUUUCCACAAGCUCAUCAGUCUACUUCAGAACCGAUUUUCGGGCGCGAGCACGAUCAGCAUCGUAAGGUCACUAGCCAGCAUUCGCCCAUCUUUCAUGUCAUGUAUGAAAACGCUCAACAGGGCCGACCUCAUCUUCAUGGAGAAAAGCUUCCAGCGUGCCCUUUUCGAGCAUGAGGAGUUCAUGCACCAAUCGCCAAGCCCGGCCAUCGCUUGCCGUCGAACCGGCGAAAUAGCCGCCGUUAACAAGGAGUUCACGGCGCUAACAGGGUGGACAAAGGAUGUGCUUCUUGGGAAGACGCUAAAUCUCAAUGCGAAUAUGGGUGGCACUAACUCGGAUACUCUUUCCAUCAGCAGCAAAGGAGGCAGAGGAGGCAUUGUGGGAACAACACCCAGGCUAAAACCUUUGCAUCCAGAACAGGGCACGAACGCCGACAGUCAGCAACAGCAAUCGCAGCAACACAAGGAACAACCACAACCGGUAUUCCUUGCGGAGCUCAUGGACGAAGCGAGCGUGACGCAGUUCUACGAAGAUUACGCCCAGCUAGCGUUUACACACAGCCGAGGUACAGUGGUGAGAAAAUGCCGACUUCUCAAGUACCGCACCCAAGAGAACAUGGACGCCGCCGCCGCCGCGGCUGCUGCUGCUUCUGCUCCCACAGCUUCAGGGGGUAGUGGUAGCAGUAACGGCACCGUUGUCAAUGGAGGGCCAGAUAGCAGCCCAGCCGGAAAGACAGAGAAAGAACGACCGACGGGCGUGAAUGUUGCCAGCAAUAGUAUCUUGAGCAACAGGGUCGCCAAGAUCGACGGAGAACACGGUAUCUCGAAACUGGAAAGAGAUGGUAAGCUAGAAUGCAGCUAUACGUGGACCAUCAAGCGGGAUGUGUUUGAUAUACCCAUGAUUAUCAUGAUCAACUUUCUCCCGUGUUACUAUCGUAGCCAUAACCAGCUAGCUGUAUGAUUAGAACCAGUACUGCUGUCUAGAACAAACAAGACAUUCAUUGAGAGAGGGGGGUGGUCGAUAAUAUGUGGUCAUGCGUAUAUUGGCACUAGUGGAUAUCUAGUGUAAGUGCCUUAUGUGGAGGAGUCAGUUAUGUUGUCCUUUUCUUUUCCGUUCGUUAUGCGGAAUGUUUGCGUUGGGCAAGUGCGAGACAGGGAGACAGGGAGACAAGGAGACACAAGAAAAGGUGCAGGCGGAGAAGAAGGAGUGCAUACCGGACAUUCUCAUUGAACAGUAGGGAGCAAAGGUGCAUAAAAGUUUUGGUAUUUGAUUUGACCAUUGGGAAUGUAGGUUUCCAGAAUAACGGAAUAGGGAAAGCUCGAAUGGGUUUGGUAACCAAAUCAUGGGUUGGCGUUUUGCUUUGGAUAUUCAUUACUGCCUUUUUCUGUACAUUUUUCUUUUUUUCUUCGACUGCUUCGCUGGGUUCAUCGCGAAACCAUCUUAUCUCUUCCUAUGACUGAUACCUUCAUCACAAACAGCAAUCAAGUUCCAUUGUUGUCAAUGUCCGUCGUUAUUGUUCUCGGUAAGAGACAUCGCAUAUCUGACUGUCUACAG